ACUUGCGUUGUGUUUUGGAUACAUCACCAGUGUGUCAGCAUCAGAUGUUGAGAGAAGACGUGCUUUUUGCUGAGCGAACAUUUUCUGAAAAAUUCGAUAUUAUUGAACCAAAGACAGUUACAGAAAUGUACAGUUUUACAUCUAAAAGGAAGACAAUGGAAGAGCAGUGUUUGUACACUGAAAGUGUCCUUGGACAAGUUGGUGCUUACAAGGGGCCUGUAGGGAUGAGCUUCUUGACCAGGCCCAUCACACAAGGGACCUAUGUGGAGGUUGAGCCCCCUAGAAAGAGGUUUCAUCCAGGCAAUGAACAAAGAGUGUUACAAAACACGUGGCAGACUCAAAGAGUAGACAGAGUGGCACAAUGUGGGACAAAUCAGGUGCUGGAUGACAAACAAAUCCAAGACUUCAUAGCCUCUACAGUGCUUCCCCGCCAUCGCACAUUGAUAAACUCUGCAGGUGGCAUUAAUUGGUCUAACAAUCAACCAGAGGAGAGACAAACUCAUCAGAGAUUUCAAAGACAGGUUGAGAAUUUCCUCCCUGCAUGUGUGCCUUAUUCAAAGGAAUUGACAAAUCAAGCACAGGCACAAUUCAUUCCUCAGACCACAAAUGUUGCCCAUAGAGAGACCAUUAGUAACCAUAGAGAAAGAAUGGUCCCCAGUUUCCCCAGGGGAAAUUAUUGCCCCCAGGCAACUGAAGAAAAAGUCAUCAUGAGUAUCCCACAGGGAAUCAGUGACCAUGAAGAGGAAGAAGAGAUAAUCACUGUAGUAGAGGGAACACCAAAUGAUAUCCUCCAUAACUUUCAGGGAUUCAGUGUGACCAAAGGGAUGCAAGAAAAGAUGGCCUAUUUCCCCCAGGGAAACAGAGUCCCCCAGCAGACACAAGAUGGCAUCAUUUGUAGCCCUCAGAGAUUCAGUAUGGACCAGGGAUCACAAGAGGAGGGUGUCAUUAUACCCCAAGGCACAUUACAGCAAGAAAAAUGGGACCACCAGGGAACACUGGAUGAGAUUAUUUGUAUUCCCCAGGGAAUUGAUUAUUCUCACAAAAUGCAAAGUGAGAGCAUUUGCAGUGUCCAAGGAUUACAUUCUAGUAUUUCCUAUGGAACACAAGACAAUUUUCAUAAGGGAAUAGAGGAAGAAGGCAUUUCUGUUCAACAGGAAAUUAUCAGUAUUCCUGGACAGAGUCCUCUUUGCAAGAUCAGUUAUGCCCCUCAGGAAAUCAAUUUUCCACAAAGAAAACAAGGACAGGAUCAAAACAUGUAUGACCUCAGUAAGGGUAUUGACUGUCAAGGACCACACACAUGGGGAAUGCCUAUACAAGGAGUAACAACCAAUGAUGUAUCAGACCAUAACCAGCCUGGUUCAACCAAUCUUCAGCCAGGUCUGAUAUCUCACAUUGCGACAACACAACCAGAGGUGCAUAUUGAGCAAAACCUAAAAGACAACGUGCAGCAGACACAACUUACAAAUGUAAAUGUAGAGUCGUCUUCCUUAUCCUUAAUAGCUGAAAGAAGCAGGGCUAUUGCAGCUGAGGUGUUCAGUGAUGCUGCACAGCAUGUUGCUCAAGUAAAUGUUGAUAAAAAAUCAGGACUUGAAGUCACACCUGACCAUGAACAUGAAACGCAGACUUCUACAACAAGACAGCCAAAUCGCAAGAGAAAGCGAACUGAAAGUGCAGACAUUGAAAAUAAGAUAAAGCAGAGUCCACUGAAACGUCAGAAGGUCAAUAGAGAGGCUGCAGACAUGACUUGCCAAAUCGAGUCAGAACCGGGCAAAAAAGUCUGGUCAAAGAAUACUGCAGACCAUGAAGAAUUCAUGGAGGAUGCUAUCAAAAUCCUUCGAGGGCAUUCUGCAGACAUAUUCCCUGAAAGUGUCAUCAACCAGCUCUUCAAGGACACCUUUGAGUCUGAUAUCUCCCUGACAUCAAGUGACGAAUUUGUUGUGGAUCCCCUUGUGUUUUUCAAUUCAGAGUUUGGACUAGAGUUCUGCAGUCUUUAAAAGGACCCUUUUAAAGCACAAUAAGCUGAUGACCCACUGUCUUUCAAUUUAACACACAUAUUAUUUUGAUAAAUAGAUUUUAGCACAGUAGUUUUUUUUAAAUAACCUUUAAGCAGGAUUUAACAGUGUGCCAAAUUCUAGAAUGCUUGGAUAUCUUUAUUGUAUAAAGAUAUUCCUUUAAGUUUUACUAUAGAGCUUUAUCUUCAGUGAAAUCCACCAAAUUUUUCUUGGUGGAACUGCAUGUAUCAUGAUCGUUUGAAAUAAAAUUGUUUGCAUGAUAAAUCAAGGUGUCAGUUGUGUAUGGAUUUAUUAAAACCAAUUACCUGGUAAUGUACGUUAUGCAUGCAUUGCAUUUUGAGAACUACUGUCUGGAAAAUUUACUGUUAAAAAAAAACCCUGCCAUUCCAUGAUUUUCAGUAAAAUAAAUUGUUCAGAACUGCCUACUGGCCCCAGAAUCAUGAAGCAAUCUUAGACUUAGUCCAAAAUUGUACAAUCUUAAUGUUUCUUCAUUGAAACCACUGUCAAAGGGUCAAAAUUGAAAUGCUAUUACGGUAAAAGUGUCUUGAUAUAACAUUGUUAAUUACAAAUUCCAAUCGUCAUUUGAUGAUAAACUUUACAAUCAUUUUAUACCUAACUAAAAUUUUGACUUAAGUCUGAAAU